AUAAAACCUCGACUCUCUUUGUUUUUAGUUCUUCUUUCCAGCGGCGAUGCCUUCAGUCUGGGUUCGUCCCAGCGGGUCGUUCCCCUCGGUCCUCCGGUGGAUCGUCUCUUCCAGCCCCACUUCAUCCAGGAAAUAGUCAGAACCAAACGCCACUCAGUCCAGGAGUUAGUCCGAGCCCAGCCUCAUUUGGUCCACGACAUGGGCCGUCCGGAGAUCCACGAAACGUCCCGUUCUCAGGCCAAGAUGGACGCCGCUAACUCCUCCCAGCUCCAGGAAGUAGCCAGGACCCGACCGGCUGUGGAGGAAAACCUGGGUGUGGAGGACGAGAUGGAGCGUAUGGUUCAUCUGGUGGUUCCUCAGGAGCCAGGAAGCUACAAGGGAGGCCCAGACUCCACUGAUCCAGAGAGGGAGCUCCUCGCUGGGCCGGGAGCUGGAGAUGCCUCCCUGGAGGCCUCAGGCUUCUAUGGAACAGACAUGGAGGACAGAGACAGAGGGGAGGAGGGAGGAGAGGACAGAGACAGAGGGGGAGAGGGAGGAGAGGACAGAGAGAGGAGAGGGGGAGAGGGGGAGUGGGAGAGAGACAUGGGAGAGGACAAGGAGAGGAGAGGAGGAGAGGACAGAGGAAAGGAAGAAGAGAGGAGAGGAGGAACAGACGAUGUCAUCCACACAAGCCCAGAUCUGGAUGCUCUGAUUGGAUACACUUCAUCUGUCAGACCCUCCCCCCCAACUGAGGGGCAGGAUUCUGGGCUAAUGGAGCACCGUUCAUCCCUGGUGCUGGAGGUGGGUCCUGUAGAGAGAGAUCUGUGGGAGGCAGACGGUCACUCUAGUGGAUACGGAGGCCUCCACUCCUCCAUCACUACAGCUAGUACUAGUAGUACUAGUAGUACUACUAGUACUACUAGUACUAGUACUACUACUGCUGGAGGAGGAGACCCUGCAGGAACCGACCCCCCCGAGACCGACACUGGGACAGACUUCGGGCUGCUGGGAAGUUACACUAAAGAGGACAAAGAGACAGAAAGGGACGAGGAGGACACGGGUCUUACACACAGAGAAGUAUUUACCCAGAAUCCCACUGUGGCAGAAGGGGGCGUAGCUCCCAGCAGGGAGCCCCUGCAGCCCAGCGUGGAGGAAGAGGAGGAGCUAGAGGAGGAAGAGCACAGGUUCAAAGGCAUUAGACCACAUGACAGUGAGGAGGAGGAGGGAACAAGAACCAGUCACAUCUUCCCACUCACCACAGGCCCCGCCCCCACUGUCGGCUUCACCACCUCGUCCUGGGAUUGGCUGGAGAAGACCACGUCCCGGCAGACCCCGAGGUCAGAGGUCAGGGGAGGCGGGGUCACAGAGGAGAACCGGCAGGUGAUGUGUGUCGACUGGAGCAAACUGUCUGAGAGAGGAUACGUCCUCCUGAACACCACCGACAACCUCAACUGUGUGA